CGAGUCAAAAUGGCGCCGGCGAAGGUCAACCAAGAAGAACACAAAAAAUAUGGAAGAAAUAUCUUAUAGUUAGUGAGGCUCAAAUGCCAAGGUAUGUCCAAGAAGGCUAACGAAGCAAGAACAUACAACAUUUCAGUCGUAGGACUGUCUGGUUUGGAUAAGGACCAGUGUUUGUAUGGUGUUGGCAAGUCUUGUCUUUGCAAUCGCUUUGUGAGGCCGUUAGCCGAUGACUUCAUCACAGAUCAUACUUCGGUCUUCAGUACGUCGGAUUUUGGUGGUAGAGUCAUCAAUAAUGACUCCUUUUUGUACUGGGGUACUACUACGAAGGUAGCAGAAGACGGAACGGAGUAUAGAUUUAAUGUUAUUGAGCAAACUGAGUUGAUAGAUGAUGCUUCUCUUAUGCCGCUCGCUCGUGGUGUGCCCUACCCUAAACGAGCAACCACUACUAAGCUCAGCUCACCAGAAAAACUUAUGUACAUCAGUAGAGAGCAAGUGGCACUUCAGAACGAUUACCCACAAGUUCUUUUCCCCACUGGAAAGCUAACAGUUGAUGGAUUUUUGGUGGUUUACGAUGUGGAGGCGACUAACGCCAAGCGACUGGAAGAAGCGCAAGAACGCUUUCUUUCUACGCUUCUCUCUCUCGUUCAAAAAACUAAGCGACCUUUCGUGAUUGUGGCCAACAAAUGCGAUGACACACAGCUGAGUCUCUUACAAGAAGUUUAUAGAUUCAUUCAAUCUAAAAAAAUCAAUUCUCCCAUAGUUGAAUGUUCGGCUAUCGAAGAUGUGAAUGUAGACUUGGGUUUCGUUGUGCUUGCUCAGCUAAUCGAUAAGGGAAAAGUCCGCUCUAAGUUAAUACCGUACUCAGAAGCUCACAAAACACACCAAGAAAUGAUGGAAAAAAUCUUACAGGAAUACCAGGCUCUGAUCAACAGAACUGUAUCGGACUUUAAGUGUCUCUGGAAGGACGUGAAGAAGGAAAUCGAGGGGAAAACCGAGUACCAAAAUUACAAAGACCACUAUGGGUCUGAAAGUUGUAAAAAAUUAUUUACCAAACACAUACGAAAGCUUCGACGAGAGUUCGAAGAAAGAAAGCUCAUGGAAUAUUUAUUAAAGCUUCCACAUGCUCUAGAUGAUCUCGUACCUACUAUGAGUUCCCUAGAAUUGUGUCAAUAUAACUGGGACAUUUGUCAGAAGUUGAUCAGGAACCACAAGGACUUAAGCAAAUGGAUGAUCGUGUUGGACGAGAACACUGUAUGGAACGAAAGUGAGCACUUAUUCAGUGUUGAUUCUAGGAUUCCAUUUGAUGUUUUAUCAUUACCCGAGGCGAAACAAGCCUUCCAGAUUCAUAUCGACAAGCUAAAGGAGGCUGAAAAAGGAGUGAGGAUGAGGAAUGAGUUCAGGAAACUUUUGGAGUUGACACCGCAGAUUCGACCUGGGAGUGAAUGGGCAGAAAUCGAAGGCAUUUUGCAGAACGAAGAGAGCUUUAAAUAUUUGAAAGAUACCGAUCGAAGAGAAAUAUUUAAUUCAUACCUAAGUGAUAUUGCCGAGAAUGCCAAGGCUGAUUUUCAAGAGUUACUAUUUGAGUCAGCUAGCUGUUUUACCAAGCUAGAACCUAAUGCUACUACCCCAUCCGAGGAUGAUAUGAAGGCUAUCUAUGCUAGUCUAUGUCUGGAUGACAGAUAUAGACGGCUGGAUAAACUGGAAAAUGCUCGGAAAAUACGAAUUCUAAACCACAUUGCUCUACUAAACAGCAGUUCAAGAUGUCUGUGUGGACCAGAAAAAUGCAGCGAUCGUCUGAUGCAAGAAAUAGUGGCUACUACAGCACACGGACCGGAGUACUCUGGAAGUGAUGAGACUCUUGACAGUGAAGACAGCCAGCUCAGUAUUGUGGUGUUAGGCAGUGAUGGACUCGCGGACGCCCUCUCCAAGGAAAUUCAGGCACAGUGUUCUUAUGGGGGAGAAGGCCUAGAGUAUGUUCUUGAUGGACGCCUGUAUGAGUUAGACUUGAGGGUGGUAGAUGGAGAUGUGGACAUACCAGAAUAUGCAAUAACCAAUGCAGAUAAUACACCUCAUGGUUAUUUUUGUGUCUAUUCCACCCUGUAUUCUCUGGAAUAUGUUCAAGACGUAUUGGAAAGCAUGUACUGCAAGCCAGGAUACAACAGUGUAGACGAAACCAACAUGCUUAAUCUGUCAGCAUCCAUCACCAUCUUCCUUGCCAAGAGCCCUGAUAAUGAAGAUGUUUUGCCGAGCUUGAGGCAAAAGGGACAGGAUUUGGCAAAAAGGUUUGGGGCAUCCUUCAUUGAUAUCCCCCUGGCAAGGUUUUCCCGCGAUAAGAUGAUCCAUGAGACCCAGGUAGUGGAUGCCAUGCGUAUUCUGGUAGAGGAUAUCAAGCAACAAGCAAGAACACUGAACUCAACUGAUGACAUCAGAGACUCUGAAUCUGAUCUAAGAAUCAUGUUGUGCGCAAUGUGCGGCGAUUCAUACCCAGUGGAGCUUAUCUUUGGUCCAUUACUACACCACCAAGCCUGCUGGCGUAGUCCAACUCAGCCAGAUACCAUCAUACUAGAAACAUAUGUCGGCUUCGUCAAAAGAAGGGUCCAAAUCAAACUCACUUCGUAUCAUCGUGCUUACACGCUCAAUGAUCAGAUGUUCCAUGGAUAUAUUCUUGUCUAUUCAGCAAAAAGAAAAGCAUCUUUGGCUACUCUAAGUGCUUUCUCGUCGUCCAUUCCUCACGUCCCUAUCCAGGUGUUGGCUGUGACAGGGAGAGCAUCAGGUGCUAGUGUGGUGUUCCACAGCAAUGAUGUCCCUGUGUCCCUUUUAGCCGAGGGGAUCAACCUAGCAAGCAAAUUAUAUGCCAAAUUUCAAACUACUUCAACUAGAGUCCAGCAUCAAGGGGGGCUGUUUGCUGCAUUUUUUAAUCGUGUCUGGGAAAAGAAGGAUGAUAGUGAGAUGGCCUAUGCUGAAUUCAUGAAGGAACAGCGAGCCCGUCAAGAACACCGGCUGCAGUUAAAGAAGCGCAGUGUACAUGACCCUCUUCCUGCUCCACCGAAUGCCCGAAGGCGUACAGCUAGUGAGCACCUCCCAGCUUCACCUAGAGCACAUCAUCGAUUAUCAGCUAGUAAUCUUGAUGACACAUCGCCAUAUGCUGAAUUCAGCCCCGAACAAAAGGCAUUAAUUGCUGCGAAGUCUAGUUCAGGGGAGCAUUUGGUCCCAAUGACGUCGACGCCCAAUACUGCACUAACAAAUCAUAUGACAAACGAGGAAAAACCUGAGACGCCUUUGAAUCCUGAGAGACGGCCCCGUGGGGACGAUAUCUAUGCUGUACCUGAUAAAACUAGAAAGAAAUCUUUUAGGAAGUCUAAGGAUGCAAGUGCUUUCAAUGAAAGCGAGACCAACUUGAUCGAAAAUUCUCUGUACGCGAAUCCAAACCUCGUAUCAAAUACUGGAGCAGGAUAUGACGAAAUUCCCCCUGCUUUACCUGACCGUAUGUACAAUUACGAUGAAGACUACCCUCCUGAUGAUUCAGGUGUCGAUACGUUACGUAGUAUACUCAACGGUUAUUCAACCAUCAACUCAGAAGCCAUUAACAACGUUAACCGCGCAGAAAAUCGCAAGUCAACUGGUAGUAGCCGAGUUUAUGAGGAGAUCCCACAUGCAAAUCCUCCUGCUAGCCCGAAAGAUCCUUACCAAUACAACGUAAGAACCAAGAUACAAAUGUUUGAUGAGAAAACCAAACACGACAACACUAAGCAAGACGUUUGGGUAAAACGAACCAAGCCGACUGACCAUCGUAACUCAGUACCUGACUUGUACAGUAAGGUGAAAAAAGCACCACUCGCACAACAAGAGGAUGAUGAAGAGCCUGGGUAUGCACGAGUCAAGGAUGACUGCUUUGAACUCCACGCUCCGGUCUACGCUACGGUCAAAGACAAACCACAGGAAAAUAUGAUGGCCUUUAACAGCGGCACGUUACGAUCUGCUCACUCAGCAGAGGAAUUAGGGUCUGCUACUCUUGAUAAGAGAUAUAGAAAUAAGAAAACAGUAGAAUCAUUCAACUUCACUCGUAACAAACGAGGAGAACAGCGGCGUAUGCUAGAUAGCGUGAACUCAGAUGGAGGGACUGGUGAUGAGGAUUCUAUGUCUCGCAAGCAUGAUCGUGACCGCAAGAAGAAGUUUGUGCUAAGAGACUAUGAGAGAAGAGAAAAGAGAAAAGCUUUACUUGAACGUAAAAGAGAUAGUACACGGAAGACAGAAAAUACAGAGACUGUUACUUCGAAUGUGUCUGUUGAAAUCGUUGACAAAAACAAUGAAAGGACCAAAAGCAAAAUGCCAAAAGAAUCAAAGAAAAACAGACCAUCCAAAGGAAAGCCAUUCGUAGGAGAUUCUAACGAAGAAUCGUCAGACACAAGUAGCUUGGAGAACAAGAAAAAGAAAAACACAUCCAAAAUAUCCAAUGCAUCAACAACCACUUGGUUUUCUACUGGAUCCAAGGGAGAUUCAUUGGAAGUACCAACACGGCAAGACAUGAAUGAAUCAAAAGAGGAAACUGAAGAAGAUUUGAUGUCACCGUCAGCGAGUCUGUCUAGAAAAACUAAUUCUAUGUCUAAAAAGAAGUUAAACCGUUUGGAGAAGGAAAAAAUGAAAGAAGAGAGAAGACGAGAAGAGAAGAUACGAAAGCAACAGAAGAAGCAGAAGAAGAAAAAGAACGCAAAGUUCAAGAGACGCGAAGAAAUGCCAAGCUCUUACUUCGGACUUAGUCUUGAGGCGAUCUGUGAGCAAGGGAAGAUCACACCUUUGUUUGUCGAAAAAGCUAUUGAAUAUAUCGAAUCUGAAGGACGAAUACAACUUGAAGGAAUCUAUCGUAAGAAUGGCAACGCUCUCGAUGUUCGAUUAUUGAUGGAGAAAUUUGAAGAAAAUCAUAACGUAGACUUAAGUACUCUUAACAUUAGCGUUCACUCUGUGACUGGGGCGAUCAAGUCAUUCUUCAAGCGUCUACCUGAACCCCUCAUCCCUAAUAAUUUACAAGAGUCUAUCUUAGAGGCAACAGUAAUCAUGGACGCUAAUGAACGCCUUGCUGUGCUGAAGGAUCUGAUCAACGAGAUGCCGCCCCUAAACCUCGCUCUCUUGAAACAGUUCACCUUCCAUCUCAACAGGGUAACCGAAUAUUCGCACGUAAACCUCAUGGAAUCCCGGAACUUAUCAACGGUCAUCUUCCCUACGCUUCUGCGAAUCGAGUUUGAAUCAUUUAAAACGAUGGCCCGGCAGAUGAACUUUGGUCUGUUCAUUCAGACUUGCAUCGAAAAGUGUGAAUAUUUCUUUGGAGAAGACCCCGAGGGUCAAGAAGUUCAGUAACCAAGGGUAACUAGUGUUUCCAUGGUGAUAACUUGUUACCAAGGCAACGUAUGACGUGGUACAGAAAGCCAAUGUCAACGUGUUGAAGUCACUGACCCCAGUAAUAAUGUAUGGGGAAUAACGUGUUACCAAGGCAACGUAUGACAUCACCGUAUGACGUGAUACAGAAAGCCGAUGAAAUGUAAAUAUAUGACGUCACAGACCGCAGUAGACCUUGGAGGUUUUCCAGUCCGAGUUCAGCACAAGAAGGAAAAGCCCUCUACAUCUCUUUUCGUUGAGAAAAUAGAAAUUAAGAUAAGUUGAUAAAAUAACAAACUAAUAUGGAGUAUUCGCAAGCUCAUCGUCCAAAAAGUCCUUUCAACGUGUGUAUGUAAAUGAGAUCGAUGAGCGUCACUUUAAACUCGGCAGACAAAAGACUCCAGUGUAGAGCUUUUGGCCAGUGUUUUAAUUUUAACUGGAAUAAUAAUUUUUUAUUUUGAGAUAGAGGGAGAAUAUUCCUCCGAAUUUCUCUAAGUAUCGUCCAUCACUUGUAAUAAAAUGCCUGUAAAUUAGUAUUAAUAGUCUAGACUAAGCAACGCCUUUCUAGACGCAUUUGAAUGAAUAAAUUGAAAAGUUUUUUAAAUUAA